AUGUAUAAAACACCAUAUAUCACUAUUCUAGAACUAUUUUAUACUUCAGUAGCUGUUGGUUUCGAACUCUACGUAAUCGGUGGAACUUACAAUGCGCCGUCUUCAGCUGUCCGUAUUCUUGAUUGUCGGACGCACACGUGGCGUGAUGGCCCUAGUAUGUUGAUGCCUAGGUGGUAUUGGACGCGUGCCAAUGCGUUUUUACUCGAUUUGAAAAUAUAUGUGAUGGGACGUUGGGGGAGCGACGAGUCUCAGCAUAAUUGGAUGGAAGUGUUGGACAUAAAAACUCAGACUUGGAGACACCUGCGGAUCCAUGGAGUCGACAAGUUUGACAGCAAUUGGUUUGUGACUAAUGUGUUUGAAGGAAAGAUGUACACAAUUGCUGAAAAGAAGAGCUAUGCUUAUGACACACAAGAAAGUAGGUGGGAAGUUGUGGAGACACACAAGAACUUCAGAUAUAUAAAUGAUUGGUGUGUGAUUAAGGAUGUAAUGUAUUGUUUUUCACGCUCCGGUUAUUGCAUGUGGUAUGACUCCAAAGCUGGAGACUGGAUAGAUGUCAUGGGUUCGGAUAUCCAAGCAUUGCGCAUGCAUAGAAAAAGUAGCUUAGUGUGGUCAUGGGUGCAUGAAGUACGCAACCUUGGUGGGAAACUUCUAUUUAUGUGGAUCCCUGAGUCCGAAAGAAACAAAUGA